UUUGUUAAUUUGGCUUUUGUUUUCAGGAGACCGUCAACUAAGAAUCUAAAAAGGGUAAUUUUUAAAAACAUGUUUUCUCCCCUACUGCUGUAUUUGGGGCCCCACUUUUCACUCAUGGCCACAUCCUGCUGGGAGAUCUGCUGCUGAGUAAACAGAACAUCAUCUGCCAAUUAGUGUCAUUUGUUUGACAUCUUGGGGUUACAGUACUCUGAAGGGCAUCCACUGCCCUUAAAAGACAGAACACUGGUGAGCAAAGGGUUUAUUAGGACUCUCGCCCUACCAGAAGUUCAGUGUGUUUCCAGGACUUUCAAGGCUUCACUGCUGUCAUGUUGUGAGCUCACUAUCCACUUGUGUUUUUCCACGAAUAAUGAAGAAAACCUGAGUAAUCAUGAAUCUAAUCAUUGAGGUAAAGUAACCUAGUCAUCAUCAAGAGGACAGCUAGUGUUAAACUUCUUUAUAUAUAUUUGAGAAAGGAUUUACAUAUUCAUAAUAACUUUCUGAUCUGGCAGUCCCUAGGUUUGUCAACUACUAAUAACUGGGUGAAUGCUUUGGGUAAUAUUUAAACCAAUUGCAAUUUCUUAGCAGACAUUCUCCCAUCCAGGAGAUGCAGUAAAGUACUGGUGGCAAUAGAUGCUUCUACCAGUAUCUCCUCCUGUCACUGCCACUCUGCACAGGAAAGGAGGGAGAAGAAGCCACCUUACUUCUAUUUGAUAAUCAUUCAACAGAACAGAGGUCCCUAAUGACCCACAUGUAAGUCUAUUGGCUAAGAAAGUUCUAAGGUUGGAACUUCAUUCAGCUAUCGAUAUUUGUAAGAAAAAAAAAAUUAAAUAUAACUUUGAUGCAAAUUUUACUUUCAUUAAGAUACCUACAGGAAAGAAACUCUUAAUUUUCUCUAACAGAAUCGAAAGCUAAAAAAUACUGGUGGGAGGAAUCUACACAUGGUUUCACAACUCCUCUCUCCCUGCGGAAGUAGCAGAAUAUGAGGAAGCCAGUACUGGUCAAGUGACUCUAAGGAGGGCCAUUUUCCCUUGUUGUCUUCAAAAAUACUUCAUUUUCUUGGCAUUUCAGGAGAUUACAACAUUAUGUAUUUCAGUUUCUGAGAGCGUUACUGAUUUAUUUCCUUACUCAAAACAAUCCUGGUUUCCUACAUUUCUGAAGAUCUCAAGAUCUGGACUACCAUUGAAGAAAUUCCCAGUAAGGCUCACUUGUAUUUUUAGAGAUGGCAAAUAACUACAAGACAAUUGUUCUACUAAAAGGAUUAGAGGUCAUCAAUGAUUAUCAUUUUAGAAUGGUUAAGUCCUUACUGAGCAGCGAUUUAAAACUUAAUCCAAAAAUGAGAGACGAGUAUGACAAAAUUCAGAUUGCUGACUUGAUGGAAGAAAAGUUCCCAGGUGAUGCUGGUUUGGGCAGACUAAUAGAAAUCUUCAAAGAAAUACCAACACUUGGCAACCUUGCUGAAACUCUUAAAAAAGAAAAGUUAAAAGUCAAAGGAAAAACCCCAUCUAAGAAGCAGCAGCAGAAUGAAGUGGAUCCUGGUACACCUGAAUCCACUCCAAGCGACACUCUCACAGCUGAAGGAGCAGAGGAGACUCCUGGAGCUCAGAAAAGAAAAAACUCAUCUGAAGAAGAGACUGGAAUCAAAAGGCGUAAGAUGUCCAAGGAGCAAACCCAGCCUCCCUGUCCUGCAGAAGCCAGCAUGUCCACAGCCAGGAGCCAUUCCCCACCUCCCCAGCCCUCAUCAUCAACUCCAUCCAACACUUCCUCAACUGAGGCACAAAGCCUAAGACCAUUGGUCAGGCGUCAGGCAACUGCCAGAAAAAAUAUUUGCUCAAAAGACCCAAUGAUGGUGAUGGUGCUAAAUGCCACAAAGAUAUUUAAAUAUGAAUCCUUAGAAAACGAGCGAAGAAGAAUGUUUCAUGCUACAGUGGUUACGCAGACAGAGUUCUUUCAUGUGAAGGUUUUAAACAUCAACUUGAAGAGGAAAUUCACUAAAAAGAGAAUCAUCAUUAUAUCAAAUUAUUCUAAAUAUAAUAGUCUCCUAGAGGUGAAUGAAACCUCUUCUGUAUUUGAAGCUGGUCCUGACCAAACGUUUCAGGUUCCAAAGGACAUCAUCAAAAGAGCAAGGAAAACUCCGAGGAUCAAUAUUCUUCACAGACAAGCUUCAGGAGACAUUGUAUAUGGAUUAUUUACGCUACAUGACAAAAAUAUAAAGAGGAAGGUGACAAUCUAUGAAAUUCUGGAUAAAACAGGGAGAAUGGAUGUAGUAGGAAAAGGAGAAUGUCACAAUAUCCCCUGUGAAAAAGGAGAUAAGCUUCAACUCUUCUGCUUUCGACUGAGAAAGCGGAAAGAUGUGUUACAACUGAUGUCAGAAAUGCAUAGUUUCAUCCGGAUAUGGAAGACAACAAAGCAGAGAAGCCAUGACUCCAGCAGCAUGGCACUAUGCCAGGAGCAGAGUCAGCUUCCAAAACCUUCAGAGGCUGGCACAACCUUCCCAUUUCAACACGAUCUCAUCAAGACUCCUCAGGUGCCACCAACAACCCCGUCCAGCAGUUCCUUUACCAAGGAUACAACUAUUCAAACUUCUGACGUCAAACUCCUGAUGAAUUCAGCCCCAGAGCAGAGGCAGCCUCAGCAAACUGCAAUGAAGGACUCAUUUCCACAUGGGUGUCAGUAUCGGGUUUCUCCGUCAUGUGCACAAACCUCAUCAGGCAGUUUCUCAUACAAGGUUGAAGCCCACCUACGAGCACAGUUAUUGUCUGAGAUCCAUAGAACCAACCCACCAACUGUGGCCGGUCCUGUUUCUUCUGAUACUCCACCAACCCCAUCCAGCGGUUCCUUAAAGGUCACCCAGGACAAGGAUAUCAAAUAACAACUGUUCAGUCUUUAUUCAAGUGUGGAAAUUUUGCCUGAACUCUUCCAUGUAAAAACUUGAUGCCAUUGAUGUUUAUGAAGAUAAGAUUGAAGCACAGAAAAUAAUAUAUGUAUAUAUGUCUGGUUGAAAUACAGUAUAUAUACCAGUUAUUAAUUCUA